CAACAAGUGGUUGAAGAUCCAUCUGUCGAUGCUUUCAAAAGAAAUGCUGAUCAACCAGGAGACCACAAUUAUCAGGAGUAAAAUAAGCCAUCCAGCUUCCCGUCUAUUUCAAACUGAAACGUAUUGUGUUGAUUCGUUGUUGGGUCCGAAAGGUUGAUGUUUCCCUACCACUUGGUUUUCCGGGCUAUGUGACAAAACGACACACAGCAGUGAAAUAUUGAGAAAACACAUUCUUUAGUCUCCGGAGACCGCAACAUGACCAAUGAUUUAACCACAGCUUUUAGUGAGGAAAUCACAAGGUGCUUCACGUUUGAUGAUGUUUUCAAAGAUUUAAACAAUCAGGUUAAACUUAAGGAUAAGCCGCAAUCGUUUGAUUCCAGAGAAUAUUUGGGUCCACUACUCAGUCACUACACAUUUCCACCAGUACAUUGGUUUGGGACGUGUUUGUAUGGAGUUGUUCUAGAAGCUUUGGAUAUCAAUGAACAGGAACAACCAGUUAAAUGUUACGACCUAGAUAUACCUGAAGAUGAAGCCAUUAGUUAUGCAUUCGACCACCAUUCGUUAGUAACAUCUCAGUUGCCUGAUUCAUACGAUGACAUCGUCCAAACCGCCGACGAAAUCAUUAAGGAAAUUGAUAUCCUUAUGAAUGAUAAUGAGGAUAUCCCUUUGUCACUGUGCAAUAUGGUUCAGUCGGAGUAUAAACGUCCACUUGGGAUAGAAAAUAUCGGAAGUGAUUGGCUUCCUGAAGAAGCUAUGCAAGAUCUUUCUCUGAAUGAACUCAACGCAUUAUUAGAAGAGCUAGAAUCUUGUGUACGAGAAUACUCUGCUAUCCUUGUUCAAGAGUUAGCAUAUAGAGAAGAAUUGGAUUUUGAACAGGAACAGAAAGAUAUUUUUAUUGCACGCUUGAAUGAAUUGCAUCGCCGUCUGGAGCGUCGGAGACGUUUAAGUAUACCACCAGAUAGUCAUAUCCAGUUACUGUCCAAUUCUCUGUUGGUAAAAGACUAUGAUGAAGCGUCCACAUUUGGGCGAAACCUAGUAUUUGAAAAUAUGGGAUCACCACCGAAUUCUGUUCAAAAAGAAGCUCCACCGUUCAUUUUACGUGCACAGUCGGCAGCUCAAGCAGCAGUUGCUGCAACGUCAUCUGCAACAGUUGCAAUAAAAAGACGUUUGAGAAAGCUGAGUACAUUUUCAAAGGAUACUUCAGGAACAACUCACCAGUCAGAUCAAAGUAAUCCUGUCCACAUUGCAUCCAUUUCUCCAAAUAAUAAAUAUGACGUAAACAAUUUGUCCGAUAAAGAUGAUCAUACAAUUCACUGUCCCGCAAUUAUGUCUGCUCGAGCUAUUGCCAUUGCUCGUCUUCGAAAAUGGGCCGGGAGAAAAUCGGAAGGACCUUCGGAAACUGAGAACACCGGGACCUUCAGGGCUUUUCUUCGUCGUGGGCGUCAUCAAGCAGAAGUCCCAAUAAACUCGUUUGUCCGUAGUAGAGAAGCUCGUUCAGCAGUAACUAGUCCUACAUCAUCCCAAUUUGAAUUCCCUUCAAUACCUGCCACUUUAACACACUCAGCUUCUGGUCAUUUGAUUGGACGAUCUGAGCUAAGUUCGGAUGAUCUUGAAUAUAAGUAUUUGACCACUUCGGUUCCAUACCACCGAUCUCCAAGGAACGAAGGACCUACCGUUACCCAGUUGGAACUGUUCAACGAUAUGCUUCUAGCAAUUUUAACGAACAAUCCAAAUCUGACACCUAUGCUCACCGAUUAUAUUCUUAAUGUUUACGCUCCGGCUGAUCGACGCUUAUCUAAACUUCCAAUUUAAACAACAACGAAAUUCGUUAAUUCUACACUUUUAAUUGAACAUUUACAAUAGGUCAAUCAUCAGAUUAUUUGCUUUAUCUAUAUUAAUUAAUCUGUUCCUUUUUAAAAAAAAAUGAAUAUAUAGCUUUGAAAAUUAUUUCAAUGUUUAGUUUGAUUUUUCCAAUUUCCUUUUUCUUUUUUCUUUUGUUUUGCUUCUUGUGUAUACUUGGAUUAUUAUAGUUUUUUUACGAUACUACCAUUUCUCCUUAAAAGCUAUAUUCUAACUUAAAAACUAAUGCUUCACUUUGAAAAAUUUAAUUGAUUUGUUACUUCCAAAUUUUAUUUAUACUUUUUCAAUCAAUGAUAAUUUAGAACAAAUUCUUAUUUGUGUAGUUAUCAUUAUCAUCAUAAUGCUUUGCUAAAAAUCAAUUAUCUUAAACAAGAUACGUAUCCUUUUUGUCAAUUACUUUUAAUAAAUCGUAAUAAUUAGUUAUAUUAUACAAUAUUUAUUCAAUUAAACAAAUCGUUUUAUUUUAAAGCCAUUACAUUUUACCUCUUAUUUUUGUUGGUCAAUAUGCAUACAAAAAUGGAAUCUAUAUGAUAAUAUCCAUUCAUAUUUAUAUACAUAUACGAAUUAUUGCCAGAAUCAUUAAAUGUGAUGACAAUCUCAUUAUGGGUGUUGUGUUUUAAUGUUGAUUAUUAUUUUUGUCUAAAAUGAAAACGCAAAUGGAUAUCUUCUCAUUGAAAUGUUUUCGUUCAAUAAAUUAUUGUUAGGUUAAUCAUUUUUUUAGCAUUUCUAUUAUUGCUUAAAUCUCUUAAUUAGCGUUUAUUUUUAGUUUUCAUUUUCUUAUCAGUACUACUUUUUUUCCUUUUAUUUUUUGUUACUGUCCAUUUAUAUAUUUAUAUUAUCAGCCUAUUCACACCAGAGAUUUUGGUUUUAAAUCGAGUUUUUCUUAGUUUAUUAGCUUGACGCUUCGUCCUCAUUACUAUUUGCAUUUAGAUUUCGGUGGUUUAAUUGAUUGUUUAUUUUGAAAAUGUUGCAAAAUUAUGUUAUUUAAAUCACAACAUACAAUAAUAACAAUUGUUGUCUAAAAUGUUUGCUUUUUUGAAAUAGUUUUCUAAUGUAAGAUCCUUCUAGUUAAAAAUAAUUAACCAUAGCCUUAUUCUGUAGUAAUCGUGAUGAUAAUGCUCCCUUUAUUCAGUGCUAUGUGGUUGAUUACGGUGAACAACUCUCAGCACAAAAUGUACAGUAUUUUACCAAAACGCAUGUUUUAUAAGCAUUCAACUUGUAAAUAAUAUAUAUAUAUAUAUAUAUA